AUGGCCUUGUGGAUGGAAGCGCAGCAGGACGAACUAUGGGAGAGUGAUGAGCAAGCACUUUCCCUCAUGUCUGCAGCGCUAUAUGCUUCCUCGAAGGUAGGUAAUGUAACAUUCGCAGCAACUUUGCUGGAUCUGAUGCAGAAGAGGGGAAAGCCGCUAAACGUGAUUGAUUGGAACCAAGGAAUUGAUGCAUGCGCAGUAGCUGGUGAAGCCGGCGCUGAGAGCUUCUUGUUCGAUAACAUGAUUAAAGCAGGUGUCAAGCCGAACAUAAUUUCAUUCGCUCUCUUGGUGGGUGCACAUAGUGGUAAGCCCGUGGCUCGCAUCAGUGAAGCAGCGAGGCGCUUAAACGAUCAUGACAUACUGCCAGACUCGGCUUUCUUCGAAGAGCUCGUGUGUGCCAUCUUCGGUGCCCGGCAGCUGAAGAUGAAUACUAUGAUACGUGCGGAGGAUACGAUUGCAGUGGUUCGGGAUGCUUCGGUGAGUCGGAGGGCAGAGGCAUGGCGAGUGAUCCAGGAAGCAAAAGCAAAGGGAUUGCAUCUGAGCAGCCUCGUGCAACUGUUCGAAGCAUCACUGCAAAAGGUGGCUGAGUUUCCAACGAUAUGA